UGAAAGCUGGUGGUGUCCAGCCCUGAUCACCAUGUACACAGAAAGGGCAGUGACCACUUGAUUCAGCUGAAUGCAACAGCAGAGCACAGAUCAGAUGUCAGGGAGUGGGAGUGAGGAGGGGAGCUGUAUUAGUAAAGACAAGGCAAGGAGGCAUGUGAAUGGAGACAACAGAAGGAGAAGACAUAGUACAGUGUGUGUAAACAGCAUUCAGCUAACCAGGUUGUGCUCUCUCAGAGAAAACCAGCAGCAGGAUGGCUGAAACCGAGCGUCCAGGAAGUGCUAUGAGUCAGGCAUCUAGCACUGGCACAAUCUCCUCAGUGACUUUGGGGUCAAAGGUCACAGACUCAAAAGUCCAUAACUUUGGCAAGAGGAAGUUUUCAGUAAGGAGAGAUCCAAACUGCCCUGUUGUAAUUCGUGGCUGGCUGUUCAAGCAGGACAGUGCAAAACUUAAGCUCUGGAAGAGAAGAUGGUUUGUUCUUUCAGAUUAUUGCCUUUUUUACUACAGAGAUAGCCGUGAGGAAACUAUUUUAGGAAGCAUUCCUUUACCAAGCUACAGCAUUCAAUUGUGCGACUCAAAUGAAUGCAAAAAUAAGAAAUUUGCCUUCAAGGCACAGCAUGCUGGUAUGAGAACAUACUUUUUCAGUGCUGAGACUCAAGAAGACAUGGCUGGGUGGGUGAGAGCGCUGAAAUUGUCAGCCAACCUAGACAAGGAGCAAACCAGCCUUACCAAGUAAGAUUAAGAAGAGAUGGAUUUUACUCAGCUUGAAGAAAGUUGUCCGUCUCUGGACUUUGCCAUCCCUAAUACUUUAAGGGACAAUUCAGCACCUCUUAGUGAUACAGAGCUGGGAAAUCAGAUAGAUACUCUGAAUGAUUCAGUCAUCAUGAACCCUUCCAAGGAGCAAAUGAACAAAGAAGAGGGCAAACGUGGUAAAGAAAAACAAACAA